AUGGAAGAAAAGUAUCCUUAUAGGUACAAAAGUCAAAUAGAACAUCUAACAAGAGAUUCAACUUUCUCUAAUAUUAGUUCAAAUACAUUGGUCGAUGAAGCUGCUACUUUUCAUAAAGAAACUAGUGGGAAAAUAACUUCAACAAUAUCUACUAUAUCAUCGGACACAACUGCCAAUUUUCAACCUCGUCAACAUGUUACUUUCGGCAGAUCCGAAAAACUAAUUGAUGAGAAAAAUAAUUUACAACAUCAGAAUAAUCCGAUAAUAUGCAUAAACGACACACCGACUUCGAAUAACGACGAACCGCAAAUAUGUAUGGAUCGAAAAAAAUCGAAUUAUACUCCAGUUCAAAAACCCCCACUUGCCACUACCCAAACUUCUUUUUUCCACAUUUUUCGCUUCGCAUCACCAUUCGAUUUCUUUCUUAUGGG